AAGAACCCGCCAUUGUAAAGGGAGACAACUGAAACAAUUCUACACAUAAUCAAAGAACAUUAUUACGAGAUUAUAUCUUUCUAAUUCAUAUUACGUUCUUGGUCCGCUAUCUGAUCGGGUUAAUCCCAUCAUUGGUGCUUUCGUUGAGAGCUAACUGUGAGUUAAGGCUGUGAGAUUAUGGCCGGACGAAGGACGAGACGUAACACCGCUACUUCUGCCCAAUCGACGGUGAGGAGUGACCACCCUGAGCAGGGUGUGAUCGUUCCUGUCAAUGGGUUGGAAACGACGUUGAAUAAUGUGGCUAACAUGAUGGCCAACAUUAUGGAACGGCUAGACAGGGCUCUCCCUGGUCCAUCAAGUACCCAGGAUGUCCCUGCAAGGCAACCCCGCCAGAUGUCGUUCGUUAAGCGUUAUGAUGGGGAGUCGGAUCCCCAAGAACACAUAAACAGCUACGUCCAGGUGAUGAUUGCCGUUGAUGCCAGCGACGCAUUGAUGUGUCGAUGCUUCUUGCAGACGGUGGACAGCAAGGUUGCAGACUGGGUUAUUCACAUUCCUGCCAGAUCGAUCCGGACAUGGGAUGAAUUGGGGGAGGUUGAAGGAACCGAUGAUAAAUCCAGAUUGGCCAUGUUCACGGCAGCAUUGCAAGAUGGUCUCCUUCAUACUGAUCUCACAACUCAUCCCUCGGAUACCUUUGAAGAAGCAAUGGUCCGGGCCGGAAGGUAUGUGACCCUGGAGGAAAGGAAGGAGGAGAAGAAAGAGAAGACUCCUAAAGAAGAGGAGAAGGCGGGAGGUAAGAAGCCUUUCAAGAACAAGAAGCAAGGUUUCCCGGAUGGCCCAAAGGGAACAAACCCUGGGACCUCGGAGAAGCACAAAUCUGCCAAUCCAGUCUUUACAUUGCCGGUGGCUGAGGUCAUGGCCCAUGCUGCACAGAAGGGACUCAUGACUUAUCCAACCUAUUCCCAGAAGGUCUGUAAUGUGGAGGACACUGGAAAAUGGUGUGCUUACCACCACAAGAAUGAUCACAACACAGAGGAUUGCUAUACUCUGAAGAACGAAAUGGCGAGGCUAAUCCGCCGGGGUCAUCUGAAGAAGUUUGUACAAGAUGGUAACGCGGGAGAUUCCGGGAACGCUCAGAAUGGGAAGCGGAGAGAUAAGGAGGUGGCCCAGGCUGAGGCCCGGGAAAAACGCCACAUCGGGCUGGAGGAUGAAGAGGAGGAUUCUGAGCCCGCACCACACCGCCAGUAGAGACAUCACGGGUGUAACUUCAUCAUUGGAGGGAAUACUGGCGGAGACUCAGCCACGAGCCGGAAGAAGUGGGCCAACGCGGCGAUGGUCAAUAAGGUGUUGGCCCCAGA